CAAGCCACUUGGCUCAAGCUGCCUUUCUGGCCCAAUACUUUUGUCUAGCCUUUCGAGCGCCCGCGGGCGCUAAACAGCCCACGAAGAAGCUCGCAGACGAGAUCGAAGGAUGGCGAUCAGUAGUGCCGUUGGCCUCCUCAAGGAUACGCUCAAAGGCUCGCAGGUGGCCACGAGCCUGUGCGACGCGCUCAAGCACUGCGAGGGAGGCACGGCCAGCGGGAAGUCCUGGGCCGUGCUGCCGUGCGGCGACGCCAGCCUGCGCGAGGUGCACGCGGCGCUGGCAGACGGCAGCAGCCAGCUCGGCGUGGUGGUCGUCGCGGAGAGCGGCCCCGAGGGGAGGUGCUCCGCGCCAUGGAGUACGGGGGCGUCUUCGCCGCGGCCGCGGAGAGCGGCGCAGGAGCGGCGGCGGUCCUGCGAGAGGCGUCUUCCUUCACGGACGGGCCAGUCGUGGUGCUGCUGGCCUCCCCUGCCGCAGUGCGGGGCGACGCGAAGUGGACCCCGUUCACGUACGACCCCCGCAGAGAGGCGGCGGGCGCGAGCGCCUUCGUCGCGGGCGCCGACCGCGUGCGCAAGGAGAUCCAGGCGUUCCUGGAUCGCGAGAACCUGCUGACGCUGAUCGCGAAGAAGAGCAUCCCUGCCGAGCCGUCCGCGGACGGCGAGGGCGGGGGCCUCGCGGGCGGCCUCGGUGACGCGGGCAAGACCGUAACGAUCCUGUACUCCUCCGACACCGGCCACGCGGAGGAGUGCGCGAAGGCCGUGGCGCGCCAGUGCCGCGGCGGCGGCUUCGCCAGCAGCGCGGUGCGGUGCUGCACCGCGGACUCAUUCGACCCGGGGGCGUUGCCGAGCGAGUCGCUGGUCGUCUUUUGCAUCGCGACGGCGGGCAAGGGCGAGUCAUGCGGCAACGGCCGCAAUUUCUGGGAGAAGCUACAGGCCCGAGCAGACGAGCUGCGGGGCAAUCUGGGCAGCACGAAGUACUGCGUCUUCGGGCUCGGGGACUCUCACUACUGGGGCAAGGGCACCGAGGACUCUAAGGUCAACUUCGCAAAGCCGGCGCGCGAUCUAGACGCGUUCAUGGAGGGCCUCGGCGCGAGCCGCUUGGUGCCGACCGGCUUCGGCGACGACCAGGACGUGGACCAGUACCAUACAGGCUUUGCCGAGUGGCGCGAAGGGCUCUACUCACGCCUGGGCGUUGACAAGGUUGCUGGCGGCGGCGACAGCGACGACGGCCCCGUAAAGUCCGACGAGCAGAUCAAAGUGGAGACCAGGCAGCUCCGCGGCUCCAUGCGCGAGUCGUUCGACGACAAGACCACGGGGCAGGUUCCUUUUCAGGACACCAAGCUGGUCAAGUCCCAUGGCAGCUACCAGCAGGAUGACCGCGAUCUGCGCGAGGAGCGUUCCAAGCUGGGGCUCGAGAAUGCGUUCAGCUUCAUGAUCCGCAUCCGCCUGCCGGCAGGCUACUGCACCGCUGAGCAGUGGCUCGCCAUGGACGACAUCUGUGGGACUUUCGCCAACGGCACCCUGAAGAUCACCACCCGGCAGACUUGGCAGGUGCACGGCGUCCUGAAGCGCGACAUGAAGGCCUGCAUGCAGGCCAUGAACCGCGCUUGCAUGGACACAGUGGCGGCGUGCGGAGACGUGUGCCGCAACGUCCUGUGCACCAGCGACCCGUCCGUGUGCAGCCGGGAGAUCAUGGAGCAGGUGAUGAGCGACUGCUACGCUUCCCACGACCACUGCCUGCCGCGGUCAGGCGCGUACCACGAGAUCUUCCUGGUGCACGGGGCCGAGUACGAGGAGAAGUGCCAGGUGAUGGGCAGCACGCCGCUGGAGGAGGAGGCCCUCUACGGCCUGACGUACCUGCCGCGGAAGUACAAGGUCGCGUUCGCUAUCCCGCCCUCCAACGAUGUGGACGUCUUCGCGCACUGCUGUGGCUUCAUCGCCAUCAUCGAGAACGGGAAGCUCGUCGGUUACAACGUCACCGUCGGCGGUGGUCUAGGCUUCACGCACAACAACCAGAAGACACACCCUAGGCUGGCCGAUGUGAUCGGCUUCUGCGAGCCAGAGGACUGCAGGUAUGUGACCGAGUGCGUGAUGACGGUCUCGCGCGACUUUGGCGACCGGACUGGCCGCAAGCACGCGCGCGUGAAGUACACGGUGGAGGACUACGGGGCGCAGUGGUACCGCGAGCAGGUGGAGGAGCGGCUCGGGAAGAAGCUCGGCGAGCCGAGGCCGUACAAGUUCGAACGCAGGGGGGACCUGUUCAAUUGGUUCCAGACGAAGGACGACGGGCUCUGGCACUGCGGCUGCCUCGUGACGGGCGGGCGCGUAAAGGGCGAUGUCCGCACGGGCUUGCAGAAGAUAGCGGCGGAGCUCAAGGGCGUGGGGGGCUUCCGCAUGACCUGCAACCAGCAGCUGCUCAUCACGGACGUGCCAGCGUCGAAGAAGGCCGUCGUUCAGAAGCUGCUCGACGAGUACAGGAUCCCCCACAACGACGAGACCACGGUGAGCGGCCUCAGGCGCAACAUGAUCUCCUGCGUGGCGUUGCCUACCUGCCCUCUCGCCUUCGCGGAGGCCGAGCGGUACCUUCCGACGCUGGUCGGCCGCUUGGAGGCAGUCGUCGAGCGGGUCGGCCUGCGCGACCGGGACAUCUCCAUCCGCAUGACCGGGUGCCCGAACUCCUGCGGGCGGCCGUCCAUGGCGGAGAUCGGCUUCAUCGGCAAGGCGCCUGGGACCUACAACAUGUACCUUGGCGGCGCGUUCGACGGGUCUCGCCUGGCCACCCUGUACAAGGAGUCUGUCACAGAGGACCAGAUUGUCGCCUUGCUCACGCCGAUCUUUGGUCAGUACUCCAAGGAACGCCAGAAAGGGGAGACCUUCGGCGACUUCAUCGUCCGCGCGGGCAUCGUGAAGCCCAUGCACGCCGGCCGCCUGUGGUGGUCGCUGCCGGAGGUCUGAGUGCACCCAAGGUGCCGCGGCCGGCAGGUAGCCGUCCGAUUGCGGCGCUGAGCGCCCGCAUUCUUUGCCCCUGCUCGGGCUGGGGCCGCGCCCGCACACGAUCGGUCAAACGGUGCUCACGCAUGCACUUUCUGAGGCAAGUGCGCGCUCCCACCCGUCACUGCGGUCCUCCUCUCGCCUGCUUCCUCCGAGAGGGGGGGGGACAGUGGCGCGGCUUGGAGGAGGUGCAGCGGUGGAGGCCGCGCGGCGCCUAUGAGUCGAUUUUUCCUGCCCUGCACGGCGAGGCGUGGAGCUCGAAAGUGCGACAGCUCCAAGCGGCACAGGCAGCGUGCAUGUCAGGCCCGCCUCCUGCCGUCCGUGGCGCAGAUUUUGGAGCAGAGCAUCGCUUGGUGUUCGGCCCGUCUCAAUGCCUUCGCGCAUCGCUUGGUGUUCGGCCCGUCUCAAUGCCUUCGCGACGUCGAUUUUGGUCGCGUCCCUCGCGGGGGCGACGCCCCGUCGCCCCCCGCGAGGAGUAACAGGACCUGUCCCUGAGGCGCGCACCACACCUGUAGCAGGAUCGGCCGGCAGGUGCAGCCGCCCGACUGCUGGUCGUCCUGCCCUCAGUGCACGCGCCUGAUGUGCCUCCCAGCAGCGCCAGCUCUCCGAGGCCGCGGCGCUUUCGUGGUCCCCUCCGCUCGGCGGAGCCCGCGUGCGGCGGGGCCCCGCGCUUCCGGGUUUGGCGGCCGCAGGUGCGGAGACGCGUGGGGCGCUUCAGAAACGCACGGGGGGGCAUUCAUUCUAGCAAUCUGUGAUGGCGCACAGCACUCAUCAGUCUUCAGAUCGUUCCUCGAUGGCGCUCAUCAGUCAGAGGGUCGUUCAUCAUUCCUCGAUCACUCCUCGUUCAGUGGCCACGCGAGGCGCUCGGAGGAGCCAGGGAGACCAGCUAUUCACGCGGGGCUGACUCGCUAACUUGCUCUCUGCUAUCUCUCAAGGCACCCCGCCCGGAUCAUCCGA